AUGGCGGUGGUGCUGGUAACAGGAGGAAGCGGGCUGGUGGGGAAGGCGAUCGAAUGGCAGGUGGAGCACAAUCACCCAUCAACCAACGGUGCCAAGUUUAUCUUUCUGUCCUCUAAGGAUGCAGAUCUACGGAAUCUCGAACAGACGAGGACGGCGUUUAUGAAACACAAACCCACACAUGUCAUCCAUCUCGCAGCUAGAGUGGGAGGAUUGUUCAAGAACAUGCGCUCUAAGGUUGAGAUGAUGACGGAGAAUAUCAUGAUCAAUCAGAAUGUCCUUCAAUGCGCUCACGAGUGUGGAGUCGAUCGAUGCGUUAGCAUGACUUCCACUUGCGUCUUCCCCGAUAAGAUCCCCAAGUACCCGAUCACAGAAGAUCAGCUUCACGACGGGCCUCCUCAUCCCUCCAACGAAGGAUACGCAUAUGCCAAGCGCAUGCUUGAAGUGCUCAGUCGCGCAUACAACGAGCAGUAUGACCGCAGCUAUCUUACCGUGAUCCCAACGAACGUGUUCGGGCCGCAUGAUAACUACAGCAUCGAGGAUGGUCAUGUUGCGCCAGGCCUCAUGCACAAGUGUUACCUUGCGAAGCAACGAGGAGAGGACUUGAUCAUCUGGGGAACAGGGAAGCCUCUCCGUCAGUUCAUCUUCUCUCGCGACCUCGCUGACCUCGUGAUCUGGGCGACUCUGACGUACACUGGGAAAGACUCCCUGAUGCUGUGUCCGGACGAGAACGAGGAGAUCACGAUCUCAGAGCUAGCGAAGACAGUUGCAGAGUGCAUGGACUUUCCUCUCGACAGACUUAAAUAUGAUACAUCGAAAGCGGAUGGACAGGAGAAGAAAACAGUCAGCAACAGCAGGCUCCGUGGGCUGCGUCCUGACUUCCACUUUACUCCCUUCAAGGAUGCCAUGAAGAUUAGCACGGACUGGUUCCAGGAGAACUACGACAAGUGCAGGAUGUGAAACUCCUUCUCCUCCCCCUCCCUCUCCUCCUCCAAGGAGGAGGCGGGAUAGAGCAAGUUCUGUCUUUUGCUGCUCGUCGAUAUUCAUUCUCAGAUUACAAACGCGAUGAAGUU